AUUGGCGAUCAAAUGGAAGGUGGUGGUAACUGGACGAAUCAUUCAGGACUGGAUGCUUAUUGGUCGGUGACACCAGUGAGGCUGAGCCGAGUGGAGACCAUUGUUCAUUUGGUAUGCCUGUCGCAAGGGAUACCCAUCAACGUGUUGAUUGGCGUCGUGAUAGCGCGCAAUCGUCGGCUGCACAAUCCAAGGAACACCUUCUGGCUUGGCAUUAUCGUUCUCAAUUUAAUGACCAUGUUCAUGGCCGUCCUCAAAUUGCUGGUCGUUCACGUGGCUCAACCGGACGAUUUCACUUGUCUCUUGUUUUCGUCCAUGACGGGCAAACCGUACACCGUUCUACUGUUCGUCAUGCUGUUGGCCACUCUCGAUCGCUACGUUGCUAUUACGCAUCCGCUGUACCAUCGCAAACACGUCACUGUCCGUCUGGUCAUUCUCGUCCAGCUGGGCGUCUCAGUUGCCGUCUUCUUCUUGCUAUCGAUGCCGUUCAUCUUCGGCUGGAUCCCUUUACGAUGCGGAUUCAGUUUGACGCUGAGCAAAUGGACGAUGCUCUUGCGAUCCAUCCUGGUUGCGCUUUGCAUCACGGCUCAAGUCAAAGUCUACCUGGUCACGCGUAAAUACCUGAGACAGGCGGAAGUGCAGCCGACGUCGAUUCCGAUGCAACAGUUAGUUAUCGUGACCAACGAUCGCGACGAAUGUCAGCCUCCGCCUUCUGCUGCUCCGGCCGAAUCCAGCAGCUCAUUGUCCGUCGUGAACACGAACAAGAACGCGCCGUUCUUCGUCCACCGACGUAACAAGACGGUCAGCAAAUUAGAACUGGAGGCCAGUUUGACGCUGGUUGUUGGCGUCUUAUCGCUGUGCGUCAUCACGGCUCCCAUGUUCGUCGUCUACUUUUCGCUUUCCGUUUGUCAGCAGCUGGGCGGCGAAUGCAGUGGCUUGACUUCAUUGGUCGUGUACGUGAGGCAAGCGGCUCUGAUCCACGCCGUUUACGGCCCACUCAUCUACAUGAUCCGCAGCCGGGAAUUCGCUUCGGCUGUGCGUAAAAUGCUUCGACCCAAUUCAGUCCGUCUUGACGAUAUCAAUUACUUUUAACCGGCUGCUAUUGCUUCCCCCCCCCCUUGUUG